AUGGGGAAAGGUGGGGAGCAAGGCGAAGAAUGCGGCGGCGGCGGCGGCGAACGGGAGGCGCCGAUUCCUUCCUAUACCUGGGAGGAGAUCCAGAAACACAACCUGCGCACGGACAAGUGGCUGGUGGUCGAGCGAAAGGUGUACAAUAUCAGCCAGUGGGUUAAAAGGCACCCGGGGGGGCUCCGCGUGAUCAGUCACUAUGCCGGCGAAGAUGCCACGGAUGCAUUUCGGGCCUUUCAUCCAGAUAUCACCUUUGUAAAGAAGUUUCUUAAGCCGUUAUUGAUCGGAGAGCUUGCGCCAGGAGAACCCAGCCAGGAUAGAGGAAAAAAUCCUCAGCUAGUAGAAGAUUUCCGUGCUCUGAGAAAGACAGCAGAGGACAUGAAGCUUUUCAAAUCCAAUCCUGUAUUUUUCUCCCUUUAUUUGGCUCACAUCAUUGUGAUGGAAAUUUUGGCUUGGUUAAUGGUAUCAUAUUGUGGGACAAGUUGGAGCAUAACCUUUAUACUUUCUAUCAUCCUCACAGUCUCUCAGGCCCAGGCUGGGUGGUUGCAGCAUGACUUUGGACAUCUCUCUGUGUUUCAGAAGUCUAUAUGGAACCAUAUAGUUCAUAAGUUUGUGAUUGGUCACUUGAAGGGUGCGUCAGCAAAUUGGUGGAAUCACCGGCACUUUCAGCACCAUGCAAAGCCAAACAUCUUUAAGAAAGAUCCAGAUGUGAACAUGCUGCAUCUCUUUGUUUUGGGAGACACCCAACCUGUGGAGUAUGGAAAGAAGAAACUGAAAUACUUCCCUUAUAAUCAUCAACAUGAAUACUUCUUUUUGAUUUUCCCACCUCUCCUUAUUCCAGUCUAUUUCCAAAUGCAAAUCUUCACAACAAUGUUCAAACACAAGUUCUGGGUGGACCUGGCAUGGGCCUUCAGCUACUAUGUACGCUACUUUAUCACCUACAUCCCAUUUUAUGGAUUUCUUGGGUCCCUAGUUCUCCUCACCUUUGUCAGGUUUAUGGAAAGCCAUUGGUUUGUUUGGGUUACUCAAAUGAAUCAUAUUCCAAUGGAAAUUGACCGUGAGAAGCACAGAGACUGGCUCAGCUCCCAGCUGGUAGCUACUUGCAAUAUUGAGCAGUCUUUUUUCAAUGACUGGUUCAGUGGACAUCUGAACUUUCAAAUAGAGCACCACUUGUUUCCCACAAUGCCACGCCACAACUAUCAUAAGAUAGCACCGUUGGUAAAGUCCCUGUGUGCCAAGUAUGAAGUUCCUUAUGAAGAAAAACCUCUUCUGAGAGCAUUUGCAGACAUUGUUGGAUCCCUGAAGAAAUCUGGAGCACUGUGGUUGGAUGCUUACCUCCAUAAAUGA